UUUUCCAACCCCCUUCCUCCUCCCAAAACUUCAUUAGUAAAAUCAUCCCUUUUGGUCUCUCGUUCCUUUGGCCCUCCCUCUGGAGCCCUCCUCUUGAUCUCAUUCCUUCAGCCCUUGGGACGGAUGUGGGACGCGCUGAUAUAAUCUGCAGGAGUUUCGGCUCCUUGAAACUUCCAACGCAUCUCAGAUUUCUUGCCAUUGAUCAGUGAGCGGAGCCCCGAGUGACUUCACUUUAAACGUCUUUUUGAAUGGAAAUUUUUAGAUUUUAACUUAUUGGGGGGGCGGCUGAUUUAAAAUCCCACUCCUCCCUUGCAAUUCCUUGAGAUAACUUGUUCUGUGAGCCUCACUGCCUGGUUCAUUUGUCUCUCUGCCCCUGUACUCUACACUUGAGGUUUAUCAAGUGGGGUUCCAGUUUGCUCCAUUCCAACUUCCACAAGGUGAAUUUGUGUGUCUUCAGAGGGAGCAGUUUACUGAUUCCCUACGUGUCUUCUUUGCCUCAGUGGAAUUACUUGCACCUGCCUCUCUUCUGUUUCGGUCAGUGGGCACGGAUGAUGGUGUGCCACUGAACGCUUUCAUUCAGGACCCUGCACAACGGUUCACCUUGGACUAACCCAGCACCCAUUGGAGCCAGUAGAAUCCUGAAGGGUGGUGCUUGGCAUGGCUGGGACCCUAUGUGUAACCCUACUACUGCUCCUCAGCACAAUUGCUGUUGGUGGAAGGAAGACCUGGAGGAGACGCAGCCAGCAAAUAGUACCCAGUAGCUGGGAGAGGAGUGAAGGGGGUGGCGAGAGCUUUCCGCUUGACUUCACUGCAGUUGAGGGUAAUAUGGACAAUUUCAUGAAUCAGAUUAAGAGCCUUGCACAAUCCCUGUACCCCUGCUCUGCACAGCGCCUAGAUGAUGAGAUGAAACUGCAUAGUCUGCAUAACAAAUCAGUGACCUGUAACGACGGAAGUCCAGCAGGCUACUACCUAAAGGAGUCCAAGGGUAGCAGACGAUGGCUUGUCUUUCUCGAGGGAGGAUGGUACUGCAUCAGCCGUGAGAACUGUGAUAUACGCUAUGACACAAUGAGGAGUCUUAUGAGCUCCAGGGCCUGGCCUCCUUCUAAAACGGCUUCGGGCAUUUUGUCAACUCAACCAGAAGAGAAUCCUCACUGGUGGAAUGCUAAUAUUGUGUUCAUCCCAUAUUGCUCUAGUGAUGUAUGGAGUGGAGUAUCGCCUAAAACUGAGAAAAGUGGAUAUGCAUUUAUGGGAUCGCUCAUUAUACAGGAAGUGGUCAAGGAGCUUCUAGGGAAGGGACUGGACACUGCCAAGCUUCUUCUUUUGGCUGGAAGCAGUGCUGGUGGAACUGGUGUCCUUCUAAAUGUGGACAUGGUGGCUAAUCUACUGGAGGAGUUGGGUUACCCUGGUAUCGAAGUUCGAGGACUCUCUGACUCUGGCUGGUUCCUGAAUAACAAGCAAUACUGGAGAACAGACUGUACAGAUAUAAUUACAUGUGCUCCCACUGAGGCUAUACAGAGAGGAAUUAGGUACUGGAACAGCAUGGUUCCAGAACGUUGCAAGCAGCAGUUUAAAGAAGGGGAAGAAUGGAACUGCUUCUUUGGCUACAAGAUCUAUCCAACUUUGAGAAGUCCUGUGUUUGUGGUGCAGUGGCUGUUUGAUGAAGCCCAGCUGACAGUAGAUAAUGUUCAUCUGAGUAGGCAGCCAGUGCAAGAGAGUCAAUGGCUUUAUAUCCAAAAUUUGGGCCGGGAGCUGAGGAACACACUAAAGGAUGUUGGGGCGAGUUUUGCUCCUGCGUGUCUAGCACAUGAGGUGAUAACACGUAGUCACUGGACAGAGAUUCAGGUCCGAGGCACCUCUCUUCCACGUGCUCUCCAUUGUUGGGAUCGGAGUCUGCAAGAGCCAAACAAGAACAGCAAGGUUCAAUUGAAGGGAUGCCCCUUCCAUUUGAUGGACAGCUGCCCCUGGCCACAGUGUAACCCAACCUGCCCCUCCAUCCGAGACCACUUUACAGGACAGGAAAUGAGUGUGGUGCAAUUCCUUAUGCAUCUUGGCUUUGAUGUGCAGAAGAUGGCCAGUCAACAAGGCAUGGAGCCAGGCAAACUUCUUGGUGUGUUAAGCAGUUAGGGUUUGGACCUAAGUGAUUGUUGGGGGUUCUUAUUAAUGGAUGGAGAAAGCUAAGGGCCCACUGUUGACAAAUGGUGCUUAAAAGGGAAGGGCUUGAAUGUGCAAGCAGAAAUACUAACAGUGAGGGAGUAAAUUGUAAGGGCAUGGACCUUGUAAUUAGUUGGGGUUUUGGUUAACAAAGAAACCUUUUGAAGAGUCAAAUUUAAAUGUUUAUGAAUAAGACAAUAAACCAUUUGACAUAGUCAGACAAGUGUUAUCUCCAGUAAAACAAAAAGUAAAAAAAAUUACCCUUAUAAUGGCAAGACAAUGUGUAAUAAGAAAAAGUGUUUAAUUCUGGAUGACAAUUAAAAAAUACAAUUAUGUACUCAGAAGUUUGCUCAUGCAAAUUGUAUUUGCUCAGCGGUACAUGCAGACAGCCUUUGGUGUGGGUGCAUCAUAUGCCUGGAAUCACUUCCCAUUGAUCUCGGUGACAAUCACCUGAACCCACAAGUUGCUUGUACAUGUUUGGUCAUGCAUUUCUGAGCAACAGUCACCUGACAUGUGAGAGCACCCUUUAGGUCCAAGCUAUUGCAUUUUGCAUUUUGCCACUUUGGGCUCAGGUGGUGAACUGCUGUGUUUGCCAUUGCCCUUGGAUGGGAUGGUUUGUCAUCUCGCUAAUGUUUACGAAAAAGAUCUCGGGAGAUGUUGCCCAUAGCAACCAAUCAGAUCAUUGCUUUUGGUUUCUAAAGGUGGCCAGAUACUUUAAAAUCUGCUCUCUUGGGGCGGUUGCCAAACGAGCAGAUCUUUUCCUGAUAUGCCCACCAACGACAGGGUGAUAUCGGGCUAAUCCGAUCGUUCUGCCCUAGGGCCAAAUGAUCAGAUUACAGCAAUGGCAAUGGGUUGUGACGCGAUGAGGACCACAUCAACUAGCCAAUGCGGUCGUAAAGGAAAAUCAAACCUGCCUUACUGAUAUCAGGCCAUUUCUUGGCCAGAUAUUGAUCAGGGAGGCCUGUUGGAACACCCCAUACACUGGCAGAUAAGCUAAAUAUCGAUUUAAUAUCGGCAUCUUAAAUCUGACCGUGUUUGGCCAUCAUAACUUGUAGGUGACUGUUUAAAUCAAAUUGCCGAUUGGUUGCCAUGGUCAACAUCUCCAGAGAUCUCCGGUGAUAUUUUUCUCCAUUGUUAGUUAACAUGCCUUAGUGUACCACGAGUUAAUAUGGAAACCAUAAAAAGUGACCUGUUGGGCUCUGUUAUAUUUACUGUUUAUUUUAUCAAAGCCAAUAAAAAUGUGGGCAGGGACAUUAAACUACUUUCCACAAGAUGGCCCUCAGCCAACAAAUUAGUUCAAUGGGAGCUUUCCAGUAGUUACAGCUCACUAAUCUGCUAGUAUUUUUUUAAUGAUCUUAUGCCAGUAUGAAAUCACUUUCCCAUUAAGGAUAAGUAGUUUCAUUACUAAUAACCAGAUAAUAUUUUAUGUUUUAUUUAAGCAUUUGGUUACUGAACAACCUAGUACAGUUAACUUUAUGUAUGAGUAGACAUAAAUUGGUGGUAUGUUUAUUCAUCAGUGAAGCAAAAAAACAUAAUGCCCUCACACAUUCUUUUAAAGGUAAAAUGAAAGGUUAAUAGUAUUUUAAAAUAUUUUUUAAAUGGCCAAACUCCCUUAAAAUGCCUUGCAUUUUGCAAAAUAAUUGUCAUUAUUGUGUAAUGAGUGAUUAAAAGUGUCAAAUCCAUGAAUAUUACAUUGUAACGGCUAACAUGUGAGAAUCUGUUGUUUUUUUACUUGCUUUCAUGCCUUGGUGUUUGGACAAAAUAAGAGGUGCAAUAUGUAAACUUAGUAGCAGAUUAUUGACAUUGUUUGGCUCCUAUUUUAAGCAAUUUUGCCUCAUAGGGGUCAUAUGGGCAACAAAUAUGCAAAAAAGGUUUUUACUAUUGCUCCAUUUUAGUGAGCAUCACUCCUCCUAUUUAGUGUUUAAUACAUUCUGUACAUUGCUUUUAGCCUCCUGUUUUGGAAAACAGUGAUAGGGUACGUGAAGAUUCCUAUUCUGCUUAAUGGGAAAAUUAAAUUUGCUUUCUUUAAAA